AUGGUCGCGGGUGUCGUACUUCCACGUCCGGGUCGAUGGGCUCCUGUUUCACCACAGAGUUCGUGUCGAGUGUGCCGUACGUGUCGUUCCCGUGCGACGCACGGGAACGACACGUACGGCACACUCGACACGAACUCUGUGGUGAAACAGGAGCCCAUCGACCCGGACGUGGACUUCUCGAGCAGUUGUAGUCAGAACUCAGGCUAUUCUGGGGGCAGCUAUUCCGGACAGUACGACACCCGCGACCAUCACGUGAACGGCUCAGACCAGAGUCCCAUCUCUUUGGUGCACUUCAGCGGCAAUAGUAUGCGUUCCGGACAUAAGAGCCAUAAGAAUGGUAAGAAGAAUGUGGACAAAGCCAGUGAUGAGUACAAGAAGCGCAGGGAACGCAACAAUAUAGCCGUCCGCAAGAGUCGCGAGAAGGCGAAGAUCAGGAGCAGAGAGACCGAGAAGAAGGUGUCUGAGUUGGCCCGAGAGAACGACACCCUUCGCAAGAAAGUCGAUAUGCUGUCCAAAGAGCUCAAUGUCCUCAAGUCCCUGCUCACCAACGUUGGCGUUCCCGCCGAGAGUGUCGACACCGAGAUCGCCAAAGGCCUUCAAAUGGAUGGCCACCCGAGCACUCCCUACGGCUCAUCCAUGUAA